AUGCGGAUUACUAUCUUGGUCAGUCUCGGGUAUGUGUAUAUCAAAUAUGAGGAAAAAAUCCGGCAGAUAAUCCUGAUCAAUGUUCUCUUACAUCAUGAACAGCAACAGCAACAAUUACAUGUAAACUCGGUGGUAGGCACACCAUCGUCAGUGCACGUCGUAGUCAAGAAACAACAAGUGCAGCAAGAACAACAAUGUAUUUUCUAUAUCCAAAUUACUGCGUUUAUCCAAGCUCAUCAAUGGGUGCUACCGUGUCAACGAAACUGCGAAGCGGAAACCGAGCAAACGGUGAUGGUGAGACUUCACGUGCGUUUGGCAGCUCAUCUUUGCCGAUGGAUUUUCGCUGCGCCGCUGUGUCUGGCGAUUACAAGACUUAACCCAGCCCUACCAGUGCUGAUGCGCAAAGCAUUUUCUUUGAUGGUGGCGGCGGCACUUUCAGGGCAACAAACGAUCUAG